ACCAAUGGAGAUCAUCAACCACAAGAUGAUCACUAUUCUAGCUCUCUUUUUGUUAUCCAAUGCUUGUGUCCUAAUGACCCAAAGCCAACGUCUAUCUAUCACUGAUGAAAAUCAACAAGAAAACAGCACUGGCACCAUUCGCACUUACAUUGUUCACGUAGAAGACCCAGUAGGCAACAAAGAGCUUCUCAAAGAUCAAGAUUUUGAGAGUUGGCACAAGUCCUUCUUGCCCAACACCACUCUUGAUUCUGGUGAGCCACGGUUGAUCCACUCAUACCGAUAUGUGAUGGGUGGCUUCGCCGCAAAAUUAACUCAUGAAGAAGUCAAGGCCAUGGAAUCCAUGGAAGGUUUCUUGUAUGCAUGGCCGGAGCAGCAGUUAACCGGAGCCACAACAAGAUCGCCGGACUUCUUAGGCCUGAGUGAAUGGCAAGGCCUAUGGCGCACAUCGUCCUACGGCACUGGUAUGAUCAUCGGAGUUGUAGACUCCGGCAUUACACCCAAUCAUCCAUCCUUUACCGAUGACGGCUCGCUGCCGGCCCCUCCUCUCAAAUGGAGUGGUUUUUGUACUUUGCCGCAGUGCAAUAACAAGGUGAUUGGUGCGGUGGCCUUUCGAGGCAGGACUAACCCAUCGCCAGAAGAUGAAAACGGGCAUGGGACCCAUGUCUCGAGCACCGCCGCUGGUAACCCCGUCUACAAUGCCGGGUUUUUGGGUCAGGCGAGAGGCCGGGCAGUCGGCAUGGCGCCGAAAGCUCACAUUGCAACAUAUAAGGUUCUCUAUGGUCCCAGUCCUGGUGGUGUCGGCGACGAAAGUGAUUUCUUAGCAGGGAUAAACCAGGCCAUCAGAGACGGAGUGGAUGUGCUCCAAAUGUCUUUAGGCAAUAAAAGGCCUAUACCUCUUGAUCAGAGCAGCAUUUCAGUUGGUUCAUUUGGAGCAAUAUUGAAUAACAUCUUCCCAAGUGCUUGUGCCAUGAAUGAAGGUCCUACGCCCAGUGUCAUAAGUAAUGAUGCUCCUUGGGUCCUCACAGUUGGAGCUAGCUCCAUGGAUAGGAAGAUCAAGGUGACUGUGAGACUGGGCAACAAUAUGGAGUUGGACGGUGAAUCUGGUUACCAGCCUGAGAACUACAACUCACAGGAGUUCCCCUUGGUUUUCCCGGGUUUCAGUGGCAUACAAGGUGCUGAGACAUGCGAGGCUGGAUCACUCGACAGCUUGGACGUGCAAGGUAAAAUUGUUGUCUGUCUUGCCGGAGGAAACAGUGGUAAUUCUGAUAAAGGAGAGGUUGUUAAGGCUGCCAACGGAGAAGCCAUCAUCAUCGUCAAUCCAGUGAAUUACGGAUUCACAACCAUCUCUGAACCUUACACAAUCCCGGCAGCUCAGCUAACCAAUGCCGAUGGUCAGAAGAUUGGAGCUUAUCUGAGAGCCUGGCAAAAUCCAGUGGCGAGCUUAACUUUCAAGGGAACACAGCUCGGAACAUCACCGGCACCGACGGUUGCAUUCUUCUCAGGCAGAGGACCUAGUCUCAACAAUGGUGGUAUUAUCAAGCCGGACAUUAUCGGCCCCGGUGUUAACAUCCUCGCCGCCUGGCAUAGACAGGUUGUUCAAGAUCCUAACACUAAUAUUGCCUUCAAUUUUCGAUAGCGGUACAUCCAUGGCCACCCCUCAUCUUUCUGGCAUCGCUGCCGAUCUAAGAAAUAAUCAUCCUACAUGGUCUCCGGCCGCUAUCAAGUCAGCAAUCAUGACAACUGCUUAUAUACAGGAUCCCAAUGGAAAUCGCAUCUUGGACGAUUCCACUGGUCGUCCGGCGAGUUUCUUUGUCAUGGGUGCUGGUCAUGUAAAUCCAGACAAAGCUAAUGACCCGGGACUCGUUUAUGACAUGCAACCCAUUGAUUAUGUUCCGUAUCUUUGUAACAUGUACGGCAGCCGCACUACUUCGGCAUUCGUACGGCAAAGGAUUGAUUGUCGUAAUUGGAAGAAGGAGACUGCUGAGCAGUUGAAUUAUCCAUCCAUUGCUGUGAGCUUGCAAGCAGGAGAAACUAAAACCAUUGAGCGUACACUGACUAAUGUUGGAGGUGCAGAGACUUAUGCUGUUAAUGUCAAUGCACCAAAUGGAGUUAAUUUGGUGGCUAAUAGUACUAGUCUUGUGUUUGCAUCUACCGGUGAGAAUCAGGGCUUGAGUCUUGAGUUCACCAACAACGGUUUGGUUAGUCCUGGUGAAUUCUGGGAGGGAUCGUUGAUUUUGAACUCUGCCACGCAUACUGUUUGGAGUCCCAUUUCUGUAACUUACGUUUGAACCAUCAUGCAUAUUAUCAUGAGGCCAUGAGUUCAGCAACUCCGGGGUGAAUAUUGUGAGGGAUCUUUGGCUUUGGAGUCGGUUGCACAUGCUGUUUGGAGUCCCAUCUCUCUAAUUUUAACAUCAAAGAUCUUGAAUGCAAUAAAUUUUUUUUUAA